AUGAGGGUAUUUGCGGGACACUCACUUAGCGCGGUGGGCUUAUCUAACGGCGAUCGCGCGAAACUACCGGAAUCAAGCAAGAGAGUAGUAUCAAUCCUGGGUCUGUUCGAGUUGACAGUGGGUGACAUGCCGCGUCCAGAGGGCGCAUCUGAGCUGGCAGCGGCGAGGCUGGCUGUCAGCCAUGUCAAUCAGCGUGCGCUGCUGCCCGGAUACACGCUGCAUCUCAUCACUAAUGAUACCAAGUGCGACCCUGGCGUGGGAGUGGACCGGUUCUUCCACGCGCUGUACACGGAGCGCUCGGCGCGCAUGCUCAUGCUGCUCGGCAGCGCUUGCUCCGACGUCACCGAGAGUAUUGCCAAGAUUGUGCCCUACUGGAACAUUGUACAGGUAUCGUUCGGGUCGACUUCACCGGCACUAAGUGACCGUUCAGAAUUUCCGCUCUUCUGUAGGACUGUGGCUCCGGACUCGUCACACAAUCCCGCAAGGAUCGCCUUUAUAAGACAACACGGUUGGGACACGGUGACAGCAUUCUCACAGAAUGAGGAAGUGUACUCUCUAGCGGUGAACGAGCUGGUGACGCAACUGGAGGCGGCCAACAUCACCUGUGCCGCUUCCAUCACCUUUGCCGAAUCAGACUUCAAGGAACAACUGCAACAACUAAAGAAAUUGGAUAUCCGCAUAAUUAUAGGCAGUUUCUCCCAAGAAAUGGUGCCGAAGAUAUUUUGUGAGGCGUUCAGGCUGGGCAUGUAUGGCGGGGAAUACGCGUGGCUGGUGGCGGGCGUUCCGCCAAGACCGCGCGGCGCCCCGCCCUGCGCCCGCUCACAACUCGCCCGCGCCCUCGAGGGGCUCGUCUCAGUCACCGCGCACAGGGGUAUAGCAGGCGAUGCCGUUUCUUUUUCUGGUUUAACAAACAAAAUGUUCCAUCGUGAAAUGGAAGGGUUCGGUGUACCUGUAUCUCGUUUUGCCCCGCACACGUAUGACGCAGUGUGGGCAAUAGCCCUAACUCUCAGGAAAGCAGAGUUACUCUGGAGGAAUGCAGAGGCCCUGAACGCCACACUCGAUAGACCACUGAGUCUCAGUAAUUUUGACUACGAUCGGAAAGAUAUGGCCGAAGAAUUCCUCAAUCAGUUCGCAAACCUCAGCUUUUUAGGAAUAUCUGGACCCGUUGCCUUCAACGGGGCUGAUAGAAUUGGAAUGUCGGCAUUCUAUCAAAUACAAGGUGGGCGUCCGAAAACUGUCGCGUUAUACACUCACGGGCGCGAAGUAACAUGUCCUGAAUGCACGCGGCCACACUGGGCGGGGGGCGUCCCGGCAGCGCGUAGAGUGUUGGUGCUGCGAGUGGACUCGGUUUGGGCGCCCGCGCGGCUGGCAGUUGCCGCAUUGGCCGCCGCUGGUGUGGCACUGGCCUUAGCGUUUUUGGCGUUCAACUUGCAUUAUAGUAAACGAAGAUCAAUAAAGCUGUCAUCUCCUCGUCUUAACAAUAUGACUCUGAUCGGAUGCGUGCUGGUAUACACGGCGGUGGCCCUGCUCGGAGUCGACAAUGCCACACUGCCUUCUUUCGUGCCCUUCUCCGCCAUGUGUACUGGAAGAGUCUACAUCCUUUCGGCAGGAUUCUCUUUGGCAUUUGGGUCAAUGUUUGCCAAGACUUACAGAGUUCAUCGAAUUUUUAUAAGCAACCGCAGUGGUGUUUGCAAGACGAAGCUCCUACAAGACACGCCGUUGAUAUCUCUGGUUUGCGCGCUGUUGCUCAUCGACGCUCUGAUCGUGACGUUGUGGGCCAUCCUCGACCCCAUGGAACGUCAUCUGAAAAACCUCACCAUAGAGAUCAGCGCCACCGACCGCAGCGUCGUCUAUCAGCCACAGAUAGAAGUGUGCAAAUCACAAAAUAUGACUGGCUGGCUGUGUGCCCUGUACGCUUACAAAGGGCUGUUGCUGAUCGUGGGCGUGUACAUGGCGUGGGAAACACGCCACGUCAAGAUCUCCGCCCUCAACGACUCCAAGUACAUCGGCAUCAGCGUCUACUCCGUUGUCAUCACCAGCACCAGCGUUGUAGUCAUUGGCACCAUCAUCUCCGAGCGAGUUACCUUAGCUUACAUAACCAUCACCAGUCUCAUCCUCAUCGCGACCACAUCCACUCUAUGCCUUCUGUUCCUGCCCAAGAUUAUUGCUAUAAGAAGUAAAACAGAAGAUGAUCCAGUAAUACAGAGUAUGGGUUUAAGACUCGAAUGUAAGACGAGAAGAUUCGUCACCGACGAGACUCAAGAGUUGCACUUUAGAAUAGAGAUACAGAACCGAGUAUACAAGCGCGAGGUGGCAGCACUCGACAGAGAGAUCGGCAGGUUAGAGAGGCUGCUCGCAGAACCCCUGGAGUCUGCAAACUCGAGUGCCUCUGUAGUGCUACAUAGACGGACGGAACUAAACAGGGUGGAGGAAGAAGGCAAAGGCAAUGGCGGGUUGGAGAAGAGAACGCCGAGCAUCAGCGGUGGACUGCCCAUGCUACUGCUGUCGGUGCUGCCGCCGGUCAUCCCGCGCGCGAGCUGGCCCUCCGCCGAGGCCUGCCGGGGCAGGAACUCCGUAAGCUUUAGCUCGCAACCCAAACUAAACUAUAGGAAAUCUCAGCCGGCGAUAGAUCUCUACAACCUCUGCCUAAACAAAAGAGACGAGAACCACGGCUUCCUCAGUAGAUUAAAAAAUUUCUUCGGUAGUAGACCGUCGAGUAGAAAAGCAUCCACCAUGUCCAUAGCGGACCCCACCGGGCAGAGCAUCGCGGCCGCGCUCCGCAUGCACGUAGGCAUGAUCGCCGGCCUCGUGCCCGGAAACAGGAAGCAUUCCAUGGUCCUCUCGUGUAACACCCUAAACGUGCCCAACCCGGAGCUAAAUUUAAGAAGACAAUCGUACGCUAAAAGCGGUCCCAUCAUUAGAAUCAUCGACGACGAACCAUCCUGUUCGAAAUAUUCGUCCGAAAGAAGUAUAUCGUCGACGAACAAGUACGUCGCGGAGCCAGAGACUAGAGUAAACUUCGUCCUACCCACCAGUCAUAGGAAAGCGAUGUCUCAUCAGAACUCGAGUGAGAGGAUAAAAGGUUCACCGAGGUUUCCUCACAGGAUAGCGCCGAGCGCGGCCAGCCUCUCCACGCUGGAUGGGCGGAGGAAAACCAGCGCCGACAGUGUCUUUAACAUAUCCGAAGGCGUGUUCGACGAACAGCGAAGGUUCAGUCACCAGAACGUCUGUAACCAGAACCAGACUAGAGCUACGUUAGAGAAUAGGUGGAAAUCUACAGAAGACGCAAGACCAGGACCUUCGGGAACCUGAAUAAACUAUAUUUUAUAUUUUG